AUGAAUUUUCCGUUCGUGUUCCAGAUACCAUCCUACGACCCGAACUCUCAUUGUCUCUGCGUCGCCGGUGAAGUAUAUUGUUGGUGGCAAAAUUACAAUCCAAGCACCGAUCCCUCCGCGGGCCCCUUGUACCUCCCAUCGACGACGAUAGAAAGUAAUUACACACCGUCGCUGGAGGAAAGCACAGAUGUCGUCGACAGUUUGGAGGCUUCCGGUGAUCCAGAGGAGGAGCCUUCUGCCGUGCAACAAGAAUACAUCGAAAUUAACGCGACGUACUCGACUACUUCCCAGCCAGCGCCGACUACGUGUCUCGUGAUGGGAAGAAAAUACCGAGAAGGGGAGACACUGCCGCACUCGACCGGAAACUGCAUCGAGUGCAGCUGCGGAUCCGAAGGCCGAGUCGAAUGCUCACCACGGGACUGCGUGGCCCUUCGACCCGAGAUACCAGUUGCGCCGGAUAUCCCAGAUGCACCCGACGGGGAUUUUGAAGUAUUCAAUUUCGAUCGAGGAAUUGACGAGAGUUUCUAAGGAAUCUAAUAAUAACGAUCAUUGUCCGUUCGAUGCAUUCCUCAAAUGCGUUUCACACGCAACUUGGUUUUGGUUUAUGGGGGCAAACACAUCUGGGAGACUGUAAAACCUGACCACUGUUCGUGAUUCUUUUCCCAACCAAACGAAUGAAUUUAUAAAAUCAGAAUUUUGGUCGUUGGUAAAUACAUCUAUUAAAAGUUUUUCGAUAGCUUGUUUAUCAGAUAAUAUUUGUAAACAUCUGAGAUAUGGUCAUUGAUCUAAUAUCACAUGUUUUCGAUGGAGUGGUCUGCAGUGCCAGGUGUAUUUUUCAUAACAUGCAACUGAAUAUAAAAGCAACAUAGAUUUAUUAAAGUUUAAGAAUAAUUCGAGUCUCUCUGAUUUUGUGAAAAUUAACUAUUGACCAAUUGGUAUCUCAAGCUAAAAUAGGAAUUUUUCAAGCAAAUAUCGCUGAUUGCCUAACGAAUAAAAAGCGAUUUCUGGAUUUUUAAUACAAGAUAUUAUAAAGAGUUAUGGAUAGAUUAUAGAAUAACUGUUACUCGCUACCUGAAUAAUAACUGAAUGGUAUUCUGUCUUUAUAUGUUUAUAGGACAUUAGUCUAUGAUCGUUCUUUUAAGAAUAGACAAAAAAGAAAUCGAUUUGCUUUACCCUCCAUUGUGUGUAUGCCCCCUGGGUAUAUUUUUCAUCCGACAACCUCGUUGAUCAAUACAAAUUUAUUUUAUUUAUCCUAGCAAACGAAACGGCAUUUUCAAUAGCUGCUCAAUUGAAGCGUAAAGUUAGUUCGAUUUUAAACGUAAAAUUGAAAAAAGAAGAGAUAAGGAUAGAUACUUAUAGGAACAAAGUUCAUUUCAGUAAAAACGUAAGUUGUUCUUUGGAGAUACUUUUAAUCGGUAUUUUUUUAUGCAAGGUUAAUAUGCAAGGUUAUUAAGUUUAGGAGCGUGCAACUCGAAUGGAGUGAAUUAAUUUAUAAGGGUGUAGAAAUGCGGAUAUGAUAAACGAAGUCUGAUCUGAAAUUAACCCCUCGCGCGCCGAGAUAUGUCUAGUCCUGUACAAUCAAAUUUUGUAAUACAUUUCUGAAAACUAGUAAAGGAAAAUAACCUUUAGCAAUUUCAGUCAGACAUUGUAUCUUAUAAUUUUCGUAUGAUCUAUUUCAAACAAUGUAGACUGAGACUACGUAGAUAUACGUAUUUCAAUUGUAACCAAGUACUCGACUUCCUCUAUUUCUUUUAUCAUUGCGAUUGAGGAAAUCACCCUUAAGGGUGCGGAGGACCCAAAGCCGAACUCCGAGUUGACUUCAGCGACAGU